UGGCUGCGCCGCCGCCGCGGAGCCUACAGGCCGUCGCAGUGUCUCUGCCGGAUCCAGCCCGGCCGGCAGCAGCAGGCGGCGGCGGCGGCGGGUCGGAGCAGGGCGCCCCGGCCGCUCGCUCCUGCUGGGCUGGGCCUGAGCCCUGGGGUCGGCGCGCGGAGCCCGGCCCCGGCCCCGGCCCCGACAUGUCCGGCAAGAUCGAGAAAGCAGAUUCUCAGCGCUCCCAUCUCUCCUCUUUCACCAUGAAGUUGAUGGACAAGUUUCAUUCACCAAAAAUAAAGCGAACGCCAUCAAAGAAAGGAAAACAGGCUGACCUGACAGUGAAAACGCCAGAGAAGCCAGUGAACAAAAAUUUAACUUGGCUUGAGGAGAAGGAAAAGGAGGUUGUAAGUGCAUUGCGCUAUUUUAAAACCAUUGUGGACAAAAUGGCAAUUGACAAGAAAGUACUGGAGAUGCUGCCAGGUUCAGCAAGUAAAGUGCUGGAGGCCAUCUUACCCCUGGUCCAAGCAGACCCACGGAUUCAGCAAAGUUCUGCCAUCUCUUCCUGCUAUAGCCGGGUGUACCAGAGUCUGGGAAAUCUGAUUCGUUGGUCUGAUCAGGUGAUGCUGGAGGGGGUGAACUCAGAAGACAAGGAGAUGGUGACCACAGUGAAGGGUGUCAUAAAAGCUGUUCUGGAUGGAGUCAAGGAGCUGGUCAGACUCACAGUAGAGAAGCAGGAACAUCCAUCUCCCACAAGCCCAGUUAAACCCAGUUUACCAGCAUGUAAAUCUGACAGCCCCUCAGAGCUUCCCCUGACAGACAGAGAGAUGGAGAUUCUCAACAAGACAACUAGUAUGACUCAGUCUGCUGAGAUACUGACUGACUCCAUGGACGAAGAGGUUGCCCCUCCCAAACCCCCUCUACCUUGCAUUCGCGUGGCAGAAAACAGCCCUCCUCCAGCAUUGCCCCCCAAAAAACGGCAGUCGGCGCCUUCUCCUACCAGAGUGGCAGUAGUGGCACCUAUGAGUCGAGCCACCAGUGGAUCUAGUUUGCCUAUUGGAAUCAACAGACAGGAUUUUGAUGCUGACUGUUACGCACAGAGGAGGCUGUCAGGUGGCAGCCACUCCUAUGGAGGGGAAUCCCCUCGCCUCUCGCCAUGCAGUAGCAUGGGCAAGCUUAGCAAGUCUGAUGAGCAGCUCUCCUCGCUGGACCGGGACAGUGGGCAGUGCUCCCGCAAUACAAGCUGUGAAACAUUAGAUCACUAUGAUCCGGACUAUGAAUUCCUGCAGCAGGACCUCUCUAAUGCUGACCAGAUACCUCAGCAGGUGCCAAGUAUCCUCAGCCCAUUGCCAGAGUCCUUGGGCGAGUGUGGCUCCCCAUUUCAUGGACAUGUUUUCCAGCUCCCCCCGGGCAGCUCCCCCCAGCCACAAUACUGCAGUCCAUUGACAGCAACACAGUCUACAGAGACUCCUCCAGCUUUGCCAGAGAAAAAGAGGAGGAGUGCAGCCUCUCAGACUUCGGAUAACGCAGGCUGCAGGUUCUCCUAUGAGAGGCAUCCCUCACAAUAUGAUAAUAUCUCGGAGGAUGAUCUGCAGAACCCAGGAGCUCUCUCGUCAGUACCCUUCACGUCAUUUGCUGCUGUCUUGCCCUUCCAGCAGGGCAAUUCUUCAGUGCCGGUUGAAUUCAUUACUGAGUUUGCUGCUCCUGACUCUAUGGGUGACCCAGAGAACCCCCCGCCUCUGCCAGAGAAGAAGAACAAACACAUGCUGGCAUAUUUGCAGUUUAUGGAAGACUACUCAGAGCCGCAGCCAUCCAUGUUCUACCAGACGCCUCAGAACGAACACAUUUACCAGCAGAAAAACAAGCACCUCAUGGAAGUCUAUGGGUUCAAUGACUCGUUCAGCAGCACAGACUCGUCGCAAGAGCUGGCACCACCCCCUGCCCUUCCGCCAAAACAGCGACAGCUGCAGGCCUCCUAUGCUGCCUCUUCCUUCUCUUCUGUCUCCUACUGUGUCCAGCAAACUAAAGUGCCCUUCACCCCCGAGGACACCAGUGCCACUCAGGGCCUCAGUAUGUCCGUCUCUAACUCCUUUCUCAACCGGCACAGCUCCUUUCCUGUGCAUUCGUACAAAUCUGUGUUUAGGUCCUACUCACAGGAUUUUGUGCCUCACAACCAAGCUUCCAUUCCUCCUUUUCUUUCUUCUACCUCCUCUUCCACCCCGCCUUUUCCACCUGUCCAUCAAUCUCAGAGCUCUGACCUAGCCGUGCCAACCACAGCCAGCCAGUCACCAAGCACUGUGGAUGUGCCAAACUCCUCUUCUCAGGAGAGCAGCUUUAACGGGAAUGCUCCUGUCUGCCUUCCUUCUGAAACCUCUUUCACUGAUUCUCUCCAGACAUCUUCGAGUGAAAACGCCAGUGAGGAGGCUGGUGAGGGUGAAUACGUCAAUCUGUAUUCCUCUGGCCAAAGCAACGGGGAACUCCCUCACUCUGAAGGAGAAUCUCCCGCCAUCAAAGACGGCCACCCCAAAGACUCCACUUCGCAUAGCAGCACCACUGGGAAAGAAAGCAGAGAUGGUGGUGAGAGGCAGCAGAAGUCACCGGAUGCUUUGGAAUCAUCGCUAGAGGAGGAGGUAGAUGAGCUGACCCUGAUUGACCACAAUGAAAUUAUGGCUCGGCUGACAUUGAAGCAGGAGGGCGAUGAUGGCCCAGAUGUUCGUGGUGGAUCCGGGGAUAUCUUGCUAGUCCAUGCGACUGAGACUGACAGGAAAGAUCUGGUGCUGUAUUGUGAAGCCUUUUUGACAACGUACAGAACAUUUAUUACCCCUGAAGAGCUCAUCAAGAAGCUGCAGUACAGGUAUGAGAAGUUCUGUCACUUCCCGGACACAUUUAAGAAGCGAGUCAGCAAGAACACAUUCUUCGUGUUGGUGAGAGUGGUGGACGAGCUGUGCUUAGUGGAGUUGACGGAAGAGAUUCUAAAGCUGUUGAUGGACCUGGUGUUCCGGCUAGUCUGCAAUGGAGAGCUCAGCCUCGCUAGAGUGCUACGCAAAAAUAUUCUGGACAAAGUGGAUCAGAAAAAAAUGCUGCGAUACGCCAACUCAAUCAAACCUCUAGCGGCCCGGGGGGUGGCAGCCAGGCCAGGGACCUUGCAUGAUUUUCAUAGUCAUGAAAUAGCUGAGCAGCUGACUCUCUUAGAUGCCGAGCUCUUCUACAAGAUAGAGAUCCCAGAAGUUUUGCUUUGGGCAAAAGAGCAAAAUGAAGAGAAGAGUCCCAACCUGACACAGUUCACUGAGCACUUUAAUAACAUGUCCUACUGGGUCCGUUCGAUAAUUAUGCUACAAGAGAAACCGCAAGACAGAGAGAGGCUGCUCCUUAAAUUUAUAAAGAUUAUGAAGCACUUACGAAAGCUGAAUAAUUUUAACUCCUAUCUGGCCAUUCUUUCUGCACUGGAUUCAGCACCCAUCCGAAGGCUGGAGUGGCAGAAACAGACAUCAGAGGGCCUGGCAGAGUACUGCACACUCAUCGACAGCUCCUCGUCCUUCCGGGCCUACCGAGCGGCUCUGGCAGAAGUGGAGCCUCCCUGCAUACCUUACCUAGGCCUGAUUCUGCAGGACUUGACCUUUGUUCACCUGGGAAACCCAGAUUACAUUGAUGGCAAAGUGAACUUUUCCAAACGCUGGCAACAGUUUAACAUCCUGGACAGCAUGAGGUGCUUCCAACAAAUACAUUACGACAUCAAGAGAAAUGACGAUAUAGUCACAUUCUUCAAUGACUUCAGCGACCAUUUGGCUGAGGAGGCCUUGUGGGAACUGUCUCUCAAAAUCAAACCUCGAAACAUAACGAGGCGAAAAACAGACAGGGAAGAGAAAACCUAGGAGGAGGAGGGUGUGAGCGAGGAGAAUCGCUCUGCAGAUGCACCGAGGGCAGCUAUGAGACUGGAGUAAAUAUUUGUACCUGUUACUGGAUGACGCACUCUCCCUGUCCAGUUGGUAGCAGUUGCUUGCUUCCUGGGUCUGUGAAUAUUGGAUUCUCUCAGCAGAAGAACUGUGAAUGCGUGUGUGUCAUAAGACAGCAACAGCCAAGGAAAGAGAUCAGCAAAUGCUCAUUCCACUCUCCUUCCUCCACCUCCCCUCUCUCCAUGCCAUGAACCAGCUUUACAUCUGGGAAGAGAGUGCAGUGGAAGGAGGAUCCCUGUAGGCGUGUUACUGGUUUGCCAAUUGAUGUUUUACAUGUGUUCUGAAAUACUCUUGCUUUUGUCUUCAAGCCCCAGGGGGCAGCAGCAAUAGCUUAGCAUCCAUGAGCUGCAUGUCUGUGGCUCGCAGGGCGCCAAUGCAGCAGACGCGAAUCGUGGAAGCCUCUGUUACCUUCUUGCCUCCCAUUCACUGUGGUCAUGAAUCGCUUUUUCCCCAAGAAAGACUGGGUUGCAGGCGCUCUCUCUGCCAGAGAAGCUCUAUUUUGGAAGCGUUUGUGUGUGUUUACAGGGUUAUUAAAUCUAAUUACCCCAGAUCUCUCUGACCUUAAUGGGAGGAAGGCAACCACCACAGAUAUGGAAGAGGCACUGAAAACAUGGGCACGGAAUGCUGUCUCCAGUCAUUAUCAUGUCCCCCAUCCCCUCCAAAUCUCAUUAUUUAAAAAGAUGGUCACUCUCCCAACUCUGGGAAGGACUAGCCAAGGUACUGUGGCUCAGGUGUCCUGUGAGUCUGUAUCCCUUAGUGAUGGUACUAGCUACUGCACAGUAAAUACUGUAGUAUAUAAGACUGUCCAUUUGUAAAUACUAGUAUUUAGAUUCCACGGAGGGCGGGGAUUGAUGCAUGUCAAAAUGCCAGUGGCUUUAAAGGAAAACAAGUGCAAAACGAUGUGUAUAAAUCCACAACUAGUGAAAAUGUCUUUCCGAGUGCUGGAAUAAAGGAGGCUUGGGGCAGCUGUGUCUGGAGCAGAGUACAGAGGUGACAUCUGGAGCCAGGAGGAAUAUUUCCAGAAUUUUAAAUGCUAAGGUGCAAAGGAAAGGGCAUGUGUUCAGUGCUAAGGUCAUCCUCUCUCCCUCACCCACCUCACUUGGGGUUGUUGCCAGAACUGUUUAUUGAACUCCUUCUGCAUAACCUUUGGUGCUGCAUUUUGUGAUCUUAGCAUUGGAAAAGACAAAAGGCAGCUUUGGAGCUGGCAAAGCUCUGUCCCCAGUAUAGUCAAGUCAAGAUUCAGUGGGACACAGGCAGCCCUGCACGUCAUGGGGAGUUAGCACGUCAUGUACCAUGUUAACCCUGAUCUGGUCCGUGUGCCUUAUUCAGUUUCUCUACCCCUUCCCCCCAUGGUUGUGCCCUCAGAUGAGCAGUCCUUUCCACCAGCGCAUCUAGGACUGGCCAGUUCACACACAACCUUUCUGUCUUUCAUCAACUGUUUACAGUGCUGGUCAUGUUUUCAGGAAUAUGUUGUAGAUUUUAAUCAGCCUUGCAAGGCCUGUUUUGGAACUACUUUGCAUAGUUUGCCUGACAGUGAAUCACUGUUUUAUAGCGAACUCUAGCAAAACCCUUGCAGCUUCUCGGGAUGUAAGUCUUAGGGAGUGUAUAUAGGAGCUUCUCCCAGCAGCACCCUUAACUUCCUUAUCAAGAGCCAUUCAGUGUUUGCUAAGUGUGUACCUUGUUCUGAGUGAAUCAGAGUUACAAAACCCUUCCUUCUUCACACUUAUUGCAGAGUCUUUCCUUGUCCCUUUUGUUAAAUGGCAGCUUUGACUGACAAUCUGUGUGACACCAGCUGGAGUCACAACCCAUAUUGUUUGGUUUAUAGUAUUAUUUAAAGCUAUACAUCUUUUUUAAAGAACACUCUAAGCAGAAGAUAAUGGGCUUGUCUCCACACAAACCUGCACCUGUUUAACUGAAGGUAUGUUUUUAAACCAGUUUGGGUAGACACUUCUAUUUCAGUUUGAGUGGCUCAUGUCGAUUUAGCUUAAGUAAAUUCUUUCCUGGCAUAAGCUAACCUGAAAUAAGAGUCUCUACACAGACUAUUGCUCCAGUUUAACUAAAUCCAUUUUUAAAGUGGUGUAACUUUCUCAGGUAGACAAGCCCACAGUCUCCUAGACGCAGGAUUAAUUUUCUGUGCAUAUGCAGCAUUCUUGCUUGCUCCUGACAUACCUCUACUUGUCUUUGCCAUGUUACAGGCCAAACCAUUCCGAACACGAAUGGCUAGCUAGGGAGAAUGCAUGAAAUGAUUAUUCCGUCAAUGCAGCUGUAUUUCAUAUAAAGGGAAUAUAGGGGGGACCCAGACGCCAACAAACUAUUCCUGGCUGGAUCCAUGCAGCCGCUAGAAAGGGUAGUCUGAACAGUCCGAGAGGAGAAGCCUCUCAAUACUGAAGACCCUGAAUCUGAAAGAGAGAGAAAUUUAACAAGUUUAUAAAGCCAGAUUUGUUGUUUAUGUAGCUAAUCUGUGUGUGUUAUCGAGCUGGCUACUUUGCAUGGUAAAGUCUUUGCGAUCUGUGAAGAAGCAAAAGCAAUCCACCUCUUGUGCAAGAUCCUCUGCUGUUUGGUUCUGAACAUGUCACUUUAUUAUUUAAGGUGUGUGUUGUAGCAUAGGUGAUUUAUAGCAGUAUUUUGUGUGGUUGUGUUGCUAAAAUUGUCCUUUCAUUUCAGCGUGUUCCAGCGUGGUUCCGUGUGUGUGUGUGUGUGUGUGUGUUGUGCCCCUUGUGGGUUAAAGUCUGAGACUGGCACUGUCCACCUGUUGGGGGGGCGGGGGAGAGACCUCAGCAGGCAGACGCACCUCAGUGGAAAUGCACCUUGUCCUAAAAGCUGCCCCACAGAUGCUCACGUCUUUUCUGGCCUUUCCGUGUAACUGUUUCAAGUCCCUGCCUUGCAACGAAACUGCAGACAAGACCCCUCUGAAAGGAGCGCAGACGGAGAUAAGACUGCCCAUCCACACACAGCCAGCUCCUAGUGAAAAGCAAGCCACUGAUGUGUUUGCUGCUUGCUACAUGGCUGCUGUGAGAUCAUUGCUUGACUGCUGGCUGUGCAAAUAACCACCUGGGAGAGGGCAGUUGAUUGACAGCUGCUGCUGUGACCCGAAUCCCAUCAACACAGUGCCCCAGGCAAAGACAACUCUGGAGAAGAAAAACCUGGGACUUGAUAAUUGCCCUGUUCUGUUGGUUCCCUCUGAAGCAUCUGGCACUGGCCACUGUCGGAAAACAGGAUACUGAGCUAGAUGGGCCGUUGGUCUGACCCAGCAGGGCCAUUCUUAUGGUUCUUUGGGGACAUCCCUGUGUGAUACUCAGAGUGCUGGCUUUCCUGUCAAUUUUAGGUUUGUGCAUGUUGUUUUGAUGAGUAGUGGGGCUGCCUUGGCAGAACUGGGGUGUCUCACUUUAUGGACAGGCGGUGGAGCAGCAGAAUGAGCCGUGCUGUUGGGGAGGGGCACCAGAACGUUCUCAUCACAUGUACAAACGAGCUUCAGUAAUGUCUUGGUUCCCUGUCAGUGUCAGGCCUAGCAGUUCUGUGGGUGUGAAGAGUUCACUCCUCUACUCUAAUACUUCCCUGUGAUCAGAAGCCGGGUGCUUCAGCUGUCUGCAGAACUGCAAAUGUAAUGGUCAGUCACGCCUCUUGCAGGUAGAGUCCUUAGACCAUUUCCCCUCUGGGAGGAGUGGGGGAUGUUAAAGCAUAGACUGAAUAGUCAGACGGAGGCCAAAUAAGAGAUGACGCCAGUUUGUACAUUACCGCUGUGAUGACAGCAGCUCUAUCUGGAGUUAUGGAAGGGAGCCCUGUGUUACCUGAACUCUGCCGAGCCACCUGCCAGCCAUGCUGACCCCAAGUCUCUCCUGCCAUCCCAGAAUGUUACAUUGUAUUAUCUAUUUACCACUAAGCCAAUCCUGAUAGUGACAACUUCCUGCAAACAUUUCAAACCUGUAACUUUUAUAUUAAAGCAAAAUAAAUACCGAUAAAGAAUCCAGCCUAACGAUCAUGUUUACAGUGCAUGCAGCAGUCUGCGGAUUAAAGUGACAAUCGAAUCCA